AUGAGUCUAAGUAAACCUCUUGUAGAUUUUGAAUUAUUUUGUUCAAAACAUACAGACUGUGAAGCACCAAUCGCAGUUAUAAGUGAAAUCUUAGCAGAAAAUGACCUGGAAAAAUUUAAAUUCAUCUCCGAGAAAUUUGAUGAACUAAAUUUUACAAUAGUCAAGGAUUUGGCUGGAUCAAUCAUUAGAAAAGCCGAUAGAGAUACUGUAGCACCGCUUUAUAGAGCUAUAGAGAUAUAUAAUAAACAUGACGCAGAAGGCAAGGACAAUAUUUUGAAAUCUGCCAAAUCCAAAUUUCAAAAUGAAAAUUUCAUAAAUAAACAAAAUCUAUGUAAAGAAUCAUUUAAACAAAAUCCAAAAGAGCUAAAUAUUAUUCUACGUAUUGCCGAAUCACAUUUCAACCAAAAAAACUACGAAAAGUGUAUUGAGUGGUUAAAAAGAGCCGAAAUCAAUAAUCCUAAUUGUCGGGAAAUUUUAAUAAAUUUGGCCUUGGUUCAUAUAAAACAAUCUAAUAACAAUUCAGCAAAACUUUGCUUAUUUAAAGUAUGUGCAAUGGAACCUUAUGAUGUGGAAGCGUGGACAGAUUAUGCCAACUUUUUAUCUGAUACAAAUGAACUAGUCGAUGCUGAUGCGUGUUAUGUACGUGCUUUAGCUUUGAAUCCCACAUUAGAUAAAGUACGUAAUGAUCACGGCAAACUACUUUUGAAAUUAAAUAAAAUAAAAGAGGCUAAAAAGGAAUUUAAGAUUGCCCACAACAAUGCAAAAAAAUGUCCAAUAACAUUAAACUACUUGGCAUAUGCAUAUUACCAAUGUGGUAAAUUUAGAAAAUCAAUUUUGAGAUAUGAACAGAUCUUAGAUAUAGACCCGGAUAUGUCAAAUGUUUAUUUCUAUUUAGGAAUGUCCUAUUUCAAAAUAAAAGAGUACCAAAAUGCAUUAAAUGCGUUUAUACAAGCAAUGGCGCAAGAACCAAAAAAUGUACGUUUAUUAAAGAAUAUAGCGGUUACAUAUUGCUAUCUCGAGGAAAUGGAAUUGUGUACUGUAAUGUAUAAGAAAUGCUUAACACUUAUACCUGAAGAUUAUAAGUUGAACUUAGAUCUGGCUCUCAUAUAUUUGUUAAACAUUAAAGAUUAUCAAGAAGCUGUGAAAUAUCUAAAAAUAUGUAUCCAGUUACAUCCAGGUGGCACAGACCUAUUAGACCUGUACACAAAACUUUUUCAAGCAUACCGGAAAUCUAAUAAUCGUUUAAAUGCUUCUGAUGUUUGCAUGAAAAUGGGGGAUUUGUAUCUGGAAAAGGAUGAUCAAGAAAAUGCAAAAAACUCAUUUUGUUGCGCGGCUCUUAUGAACCAGGAAAAUGCAUUUGCUCAUUGGAAAAUUGGCCUAACCACAAUACAUGAUCUGGAUUUGGCUCUUCCAAGGUUUAAAUGCGCUGUUAUUUUAAAACCAAACCUAAUCAAUGUCAUGAUGUCGCUCUCAAGUGGAAUAGAAGGGAUUAAGCAUAAGAUGCAGUGGUGUUCUUCGUGGUGGUGCCCGAAACACGGACCUUUAAUUGCAGACAUGCCGUGGUUAAAUGCUGUAGAGACACCCAAAGAAGAAAAAAAGGCCCUUAGUUUGGCAAUUAAACGCCAAAAGCAUUGGAUUACCAAAACUAAGGUUAAAUGUUGCGUCUUCGAUAGAAAGGCAGGGAAAAACAACCAUUCGGUACCGCCAGAUAUAUAUUCAAAAUAUUUAAGAAAUCUGGUAAAUAUAGGUGACGGAAGUAUUCAAAGUCCACGUCAUAGUGAGGCAGAUGUGGAUGCAGCAAUCAUAUUCUUCAAGGAUUUUGUAGAACAAUUAAAAUUGUCAAUUAGGAGUCAAUAAUUAAGUAUUGUUCAUAAGAUUUUUCAUAUGUUUCAUCAGCUGAAGAAUAUUAAUUACC